CCUGAGGCGCCAGUUAGGAGGAAACUCGCCCACACUCGGGGGCCACUCCACAUCGGCUCAACUUAAGCCACAGGUUUGAGGGACUCCUCCGGGACAGCCGUGCCGGCUCCACCUGAGCCACAAGUCUAGGACACUCCUCCAGGUCAUCCUCCAGCCCCCACGAUCCUCCGCCAGCCGCCGGGACCUCCUCAGAGACCGAGCGAGGACAACGCACAACUCAGCUGGGUGGGCACAAGCCGGAAACGUCUUCCCGGCCCGCCCCCUGCCCUCCGGAGCCGGAAAUACGGCGCUAGCAGCCGGCCCAUCGCCUUCCGCGGUCCACGCCGCAUCAUGCUCCGCGGCCCCUGCCGCCGCCUCGGGGCCUCCGUAGCGCCCGCCGCGGCCCUGGCUGUGGUGCUGGUGUCGCUGGUGCGCUGCUCGCUGCUGGAGCCGGGAGACCCAGUGGUUUCGGCGCUCAGCCCCUACUUCGGCACCAAGACUCGCUACGAGGAUGCCAAUCCCGGGCCGACGCCGGACCCUGCGGCACCGCGGCGGGACCCGGAGCUGCUGGAGGGCACUUGCACUCCCGUGCAGCUGGUCGCUCUCAUCCGUCACGGCACCCGCUACCCCACGGCCAAACAAAUUCGCAAACUGCGACAGCUACACGGGCUGCUGCAGGCCCGCGGGCCGAGUGGUAACAGCGGCAGCGCUGCCAGCGGACGCGACCUGAGUGCGGCGCUGGCAGAUUGGCCGCUGUGGUACGCGGACUGGAUGGACGGGCAGCUGGUGGAGAAGGGGCGGCAGGACAUGCGACAGCUCGCGCUGCGUCUGGCCUCGCUCUUCCCUUCCCUCUUCAGCCGCGAGAACUACGGUCGCCUGCGGCUUGUCACCAGCUCCAAGCACCGCUGCGUUGAUAGUGGCGCCGCUUUUCUGGAGGGGCUUUGGCAGCACUACCACCCGGGACUGCCACCUCCAGAUGUCGCAGAAAUGGAGUGUGGACUUCCAAGGAUUAAUGAUAAACUAAUGAGGUUCUUUGAUCAUUGUGAGAAGUUUCUAACUGAAGUAGAAAGGAAUGCUACGGCUCUUUACCAUGUUGACGCCUUCAAAACUGGACCAGAAAUGCAGAACAUUUUAAAAAAAGUUGCAGCUACUUUGCAAGUGCCAGUAAGUGAUUUAAAUGCAGAUUUAAUUCAGGUAGCUUUUUUCACCUGUUCAUUUGACCUGGCAAUUAAAGGUGUUAAAUCUCCUUGGUGUGAUGUUUUUGACAUAGAUGAUGCAAAGGUAUUGGAGUAUUUAAAUGAUCUGAAACAAUACUGGAAAAGAGGAUAUGGCUAUACUAUUAACAGUAGAUCUAGCUGCACUCUGUUUCAGGAUAUCUUUCAGCACUUGGACAAAGCAAUUGAACAGAAACAAAGGUCUCAGCCAGUUUCUUCUCCAGUCAUCCUCCAGUUUGGUCAUGCAGAAACCCUUCUUCCACUGCUUUCUCUCAUGGGCUACUUCAAAGAUAAGGAGCCCCUAACAGCUUACAAUUACAAGGAACACAUGCAUCGGAUGUUCCGUAGUGGUCAUAUUGUACCCUAUGCCUCAAACUUGAUGUUUGUGCUUUACCAUUGUGAAAAUGCUAAGAAUCCUAAAGAAGAAUUCCAAGUGCAGAUGUUGUUGAAUGAAAAGGUGUUACCCUUUGCUCACUCCCAAGAAACUGUUUCUUUGUAUGAGGAUCUGAAGGACCAUUACAAGGACAUCCUUCAGAGUUGUCAUACCAGUGAAGAAUGUGAAUUACAAAAGGUAAAUAGCACAUCUGAUGAGCUAUGAGUAACUAGAGAACAUUUUUAAUUCAUCAGGAUCUAUAGAGAGUGAUUGGAUACUUGGAAUAGGUGGACAGUCCUUUGAUUACAGAAGGCUUUCACAUUACUUGGGUAUUUCUGUCUUUUCACAGAAAAAUGUUGAUUUCUUUUUGGAUUUGAACAUGGAUAUGAAAGAAAUUGUUCACUGGAGCAGCUCUCUUAAGGGGAGCAGUAGAGAGCAAAAAUCUAUUUAAGAAACAUCUGGCACUGCAAAUGUUUACAGAAACAAAAUUUCUCCUAUUUCUCUUCCUCUAUUUCUAUGAGAUAAAAUAUGAUUUCAAAAUGAUACUUGAAAAAUGUUGGAGCAACAAAAUAUAAUGUCAUCUAUAAGUUCAUUGAAUUAAGUCUAGGAACUUUAACAAUUGUACUAUGGUCCUCUCUUUUUUCCUCAGGUAGGACUGUUCUAGAAUUUAUUCUCUGUCUUAAUCAGAAAUAGUUGAUAAACUGGGAUUAUCACUUUGGAAGAAAACUAACAUCUCUCUAGUUGAGAGUUGUUGAAACAGUAAUAAGAAACAUUUAGAGUCUUAUUUCAAAGGACACCUUCACUGAAGCAAGACAAAAAAUAAAAUAAGUAAACAUUUUUAUUAAUAGUAUUUAUAAAGUAUUCAAACACUUUUCAGUAAUUCCUUUUAACCUCCCAGUAAGUAUUACAAGGCUACUGUUAAAUUAUUUAUCGUACCGGUUUUACAUAUAUAUAACAAUGGAAGGACAAAGAGGACCAUUAGCAACAGGUCAGGUGCAUAGAAUCAAAGUUUAUUAAAUCCAUUAUUUAGCUAUCUUUUUCAUUCUAUCAGUUGUAUUUUUAUAUUUUGCUAUUAUAUGAAAUGUGUAUUUUGGUGGUUUAUUUCUUUAAUUUGUUUGGUUUUGUGUGUGGUGCUUUUUUUUUUUUUU